GUUGAAUUUAAUACGAUGUCGAUUUGUUGUGUGGUGUAAACGUAAAACUGAACUGCAGAUUUUCGUUUUAAAAUGGCUGGCCUGGCUUUGUUAAAAGCAAUAUCUGCCGGACGCCCUAGACAAGUUCGUCUGCUACUAGAUUCUGGUUGUUCAGCAGACGAGACUGACGACUGUGGACAAACGUCAUUAAUAAGAGCAAUUUUUGUAGAAAAUGAAGGAAGUAGAUUACAAAUUUUGAAAAUGUUACUGCGAAAAGGGACCACCGUGAGCAAAGCCGAUAUUGUAGGACGAAAUGCACUCUCCUGGGCUUGUAUUUACGGUCGAGAUAAAGAUGUGGACCUCCUUUUGGAAAAUGCAGAUCUUGACCUAGAUUUGAAUUAUACAGAUGUCAAUGGGAAUACCCCACUUUACCAUGCAGUGUCGUCGGGUAACGCUGCAACUGUUAGAUUAAUGGUGAUAGCCCUAACAAAAUAUGACAUGAGUGUAGACGUUCCGGACUAUAUGGGAUAUUCGCCCCUCAUGCAUGCAGUUCGUUUGGGAUAUGACGUAUGUGCAAGUAUUUUAAAACACAAUGGAAGAGCUAAGGUCGGAGUCAAUAUGAAAUACCCAAAGGAUUUUGAAAGUGCUGAAAAAUGGGCUGUUCAUAGUUUAAGCGACAGAGGGAAGGCUGUAUAUAAAAAUCCCAAAUUUCCUGCGAUAUUGGAACCUGAAACGAAAAAUAAAAUACGGUAUAGGGAAAAUCGUGCGAGUCGUAGUCGAGUAAAGAUUCAGUACUCUUCAGAAUCAGAUGAUGAUUCUUCUUUGGACUCGUUCCCGUCAGAUUCUUCAUCUUGUGACAAUGGUGGUUUUGAUUUCCAACUAAAAUCAUUCAUGGGAAAUUACCCGAAGACUGGACACAUUCCAUCAUCAAUUCUGGCAAUAAGCCCAACGUCAAGCACGGUCGUAAAUGCAUCUGAAGACGAAUUCGACACAUUUUCUUGUCCUUUAACCGAAAAGGAACUAACUACAAAUAUUAUCGGAGAUAUGCCCAAAUUGUAUGGACUAGUAUCGGACCAAAUGUCGAAUUCCUAUCGUCUGCCAGCAAAGCCUUUGCCGAUAAAUCCUCUUCAGAAGAUAACAAAAGACUCUACCCUGUCAUCGUUAAUCACAGAGAUCAGUAAUGUGUCUAAGGGGUCAAAGAAAGGGAAGAAGAAUUUUGAAUCACAGAAAUGGUCAGCGUUGAAGAAAAACUUGCGUCUCAGCCGAGUAAAGAAUGUUGACAAGAAAGAACUGACACCAAGAGAUUUUCCAUGCAGAUCCUGCUCCGAUGAAAGCCUGUCUGAUACUGAGGACUCUAGAAUUCCGCAUGCACAUAUCAAGCAGUCUCAAUUACCAUCAAUCCCAGCCAAAAGAGUUGGCCUUGUACAAAAUAAAGACGCAAACUAUUCACUUAUCUGAUUACA